AUGGAGGCCCUGCAGAGACAGCAGGCUGCUCGACUGGCCCAAGGGGUGGGGCCAUUUGCCCCUCCACGACCUCAGCUGCCACCAAGGCCUCCUCUAUAUGGCCCCAGAACCCUACAGGCCCCAGAGGGGGCCUUGGGGAAUGUUGGAGCUGAGGAAGAGGAGGAUGCUGAAGAAGAUGAAGAGGGGGAGGAAGCUGGGCCAGAGGAGGAGGAGGCAGCUAAGGAGAGCCAUCACCCCAGCUCCCCUUCUAGCCAGGCGCCUGGACCCCAUCCCCAUGAAUGGACCUAUGAAGAGCAGUUCAAGCAGCUGUAUGAGCUCGAUGCAGACCCCAAGAGGAAGGAAUUUCUGGAUGACCUGUUUAGCUUCAUGCAAAAGAGGGGGACGCCAGUGAACCGCGUGCCCAUCAUGGCGAAGCAGGUGCUGGACCUAUACGCGCUGUUUCGCUUGGUGACCGCUAAGGGUGGCCUGGUGGAGGUCAUCAACCGCAAAGUGUGGCGGGAGGUCACACGCGGCCUCAGCCUGCCCACCACCAUCACCUCGGCAGCCUUCACUCUACGCACACAGUACAUGAAGUACCUGUACCCGUACGAGUGUGAAACGCGGGCGCUCAGCUCCCCGGGGGAACUCCAAGCAGCCAUCGACAGCAAUCGGCGCGAGGGCCGUCGCCAGGCUUACACAGCUGCUCCACUCUUUGGCUUGGCCGGGCCCCUCUCUCGCGGCACUCAAGGGCCAGUUUUGGGUCCGGGCCCCGCCCCUCCUGCGCCCCCGCCCGGUCCAGGCUCCGCCCAAGGCUCCGCCUCUGGCCUACCAACGCACGCUUGCGCCCAACUCAGCCCCAACCCUAUCAAGAAAGAGGAGAGUGGAAUUCCAACCCCUCACCUGGCACUGCCUGUGGGCCUGACCUUGGGACCUACAAGGGAGAAGUUGGCACCAGAGGAACCCCCAGAGAAGAGGGCUGUGCUGAUGGGGCCUAUGGACCCACCUCGACCUGGCAUGCCCCCAAGUUUUCUGCCCCAUGGCAAGGUUUCCCUGAGGGAAGAGCAACUGGAUGGGCCUCUCAAUCUGGCAGGCAGUGGCAUCAGCAGUAUCAACAUGGCCCUAGAGAUCAACGGGGUGGUCUACACAGGUGUCCUCUUUGCCCGCCGACAGCCUAUGCCAGCUUCUCAGGGCCCAACCAACCCUGCGUCCCAAUCCUCUAUAGGGCCCCCUUCCAGCACCUUGUCCUAAAACCUCCUAAUCAUAACUAAGAGUCCCAGUCCUAUUGCUGAGGGGGAGAGAAGACUCCCUACCUUGAUUCUUUUAGGUUGUCCAGUCUGGGACCCAGCCUUGGGAGGUAAACUCCACCCUCCCCAUGUCAUCUGGA